AUGAGUCAGGGUUUCUCGCGAGAUCGGUUGUAUCAAAUUUUCCAGAAACUUGAUAAGGAUGGCAGUGGGUCACUUUCUGCUCCAGAACUUCAGAAAGCGCUCUCAAAUGGGACUUGGACCCCUUUUAACAUCAUAACUGUACAGGCAAUGAUAGACCUUUUCUGUCCUAAUAACUCUAUGGACAUAAAUUUUGAUGGGUUCCUCCGCCUUUGGGACUUUGUCGAGGGUUGGCAGCGCUACUUCAAGGCUGUUGAUCGUGACAAUUCAGGAUGUAUAGACAUCCACGAACUCCAGUCUGCUAUAUCACAAGCUGGUUAUCGUCUAAGUCCUGGAUUGUAUCAACUUAUGAUGUGUCGCUUCGAUCGCAAAAAGAAGGGCGUUAUUUACUUUGAUGACUUCAUGUACAUGUGUAUAAUACUCCAGAAAUUGACGGAACAGUUCCGAAAUCUGGACACCGAUCGCGACGGCUUCAUUCAGAUAGGAUUUGAGGACUUCCUCGUUCGCAUAUUUACCGUGUUCACCUAG